UUUCUCACCGAGGUGCCACGGUCCAAACAGCGACACCCACCCACCCACCACCUUUACGGGCACGCACGGCUUUAUUGGGUGUCCCCCACCCACCACGCGACGCGCCGCGGUUGUUUUUGCUUCACUGUCACCUCGUCAAUAAACCGGAGAAAUCUACGCGACACUUCCAAUCGAUGUGCUGGGCUCGCCGGAACUCCCCGACACCAGCCCAGAGGUCGCUCCGCUGUUGCUGCGACCGUGUCCAGCAGCAGCGGCAGUGGCAGCAGCAGUGGCAGUAGCAGCGACAGUGACAGCAGUGGCAGCAGUGGCAGGUCUCGUGAGACGGUGCCCGGCUGGCACGGAACUCUUUAAACACUGCGAGAGGGGGGGAAGCCGCCGGGCUUGGUGGCAGGGGCGGAGCGGCACUGGAAUGUGGCUCGUGCGGGUUGAGGGAGGCAGCGGCGGCCGGGUGAGUGGUUGGGUGACCACCGCCCAUCUCGCCAGCCGCGGCGUCUUCGCGUAAAGUUACCUCUCUGGUGUGGAGGCCGCGCUGAGCGGUCCCGUGCUGCCUUUGUGAACACGUCACCGGCACUGACGCUCGUGGUGUAGGCGCGGAGGGAAUCGAGUUGCGGGAGGCGCUUCGCACUCUCUCGCGUGCGUGGGCGAGAAGAGACAGAGAAGAGACGGAGAGAGAGAAGAGACAGAGAGAGAAGAGACGGAGAGAUCGAUGCGUGCGACGCGCGGAACGGUCACUCGGGGUGGAGUUUUGCUCUGACCGUUUGGGAGGAAUUCGCCGCGCAAGCAGCAGGCCUUUGCGCGGGCGGCGAGGAGGAGCCGUCGCCACCGUCACUGCCGGUUGCUCCUGGAGACGUGGAGGCGGUUGCGAUGGAGGGCUGGCUGAGCGCGUGUGGCCUGAGCCAGGACGAGGCGGCUCACAUCAUGGAGGUUCUGCAGCGCGAUGCGCAUCUGCGCCAGCUCGAGGAUCGCAAGAUCGGCGAGCUGAAGGAGCACCUCCAGGAGAAGAAGAGCAUGAUGGGACUCCUCGCGCGGCAGGAGGCCUUCAACGACAAGUGCUGCAUCCUGUGCUACAGCCCCUUCCUCAUCCUCAUCAACUCUCGCGAGCGAUGCCAGAGCUGCUGCCUCUACGUGUGCCGUGACUGCAGCGCCUACAACCGGCAGGCCAAGGCACGGCUCUGCAGCGUCUGCCUAAAGCAGAGGCUCCUGAAGGCGCGAUCGUUCGAGUGGUACUAUGACAUGGUGAGGAAACGCUUCAAGCAGUUUGGCAGCGCCAAGGUGAAGCUGUGGCUCUCUCAGCUGCUGCAGGGCCCCCAGAAGCAAGAGGAGGAGGAGGUGGUGGUGGUGGAAGGAGAAGCUGUUGAAAAUGUUGAAAAUGGAGGAUAUAAGCGAAUUAAACCAGACACGCAGAUGUCAGAGGAGUGGGUGAUCGCCCUGCGCAUGGCUCAGGACGCGGUGCAGGAUGCCGUGGACACUGCGGAGGCUGAGGCCGACAGCCUGGAGGCACAAAAUGAGCUGCAGUUCUUGAAGGAGCAUCGUAUGGAGGUGACCGAGGAACUCACCACGACCAUUUACCAGCAGCUCAUGCGGCGCCAUCGCAGCUCGCAGGCGUCAGCAACGGUCGAGUGGAGCCGCGAGCGCAUCGGCUCACGGCGCCUCUCCGUGCCGAGCACCGUGUCGGAGCAAGUGUUCAACGCGACGCGCACCGACUGGUACCACGAGGCCGCGCUCAGGAGGGCACGGUCAGACUUCAUUGUGAGCAACUGGAAAGUGAUGGAGGAUGGACCGGAAUUGAUCAUGGAGUCCGAAGACUCGGCCGGCGAGCACGGCUUCUCGGCGCAGCACCGCGCGGCUAAGCCUCGCCGGAGCUCCUCUCGCCUCACCGACGGCAGCGCCAGCGGGCGGGCGAGGACUCGCUCGCAGGAGGACGCGGACGGGCCGCGCCGCGCCCGCUUGGGAUCCUCCGACUCAGAGUCCGGUCGGGUGCAGCGGUCGGCGCUGUCCCGGCCUCUCGCAGACUCGGCUAAGAACUCGGAGCGGGAUGAGUUCCCGCCGGAGGAGGACACGAGGCCCAGGCGCCGGAGGAGCAUGCAGCAGCAGCGGCCAACGCGCUCGCUCGCCGCCUCGAUGGAGGCCAUGGCGCCGCACCUGGGCAGCAACGAGCGGCUCUACACCUCCAACCAGGCAUGGCCACGGGGACGAGCGAACAGCGCAUGGCUACCGCGCACGGAGGCGGAGGUGUCACUGGUUCUCCCUCUCCUCGUCAAGCGCCUGAUUGCUAUAGAGCAGAGCCUGUACCGGCUGGAAGGCCGAGUUGGCAGCUCUGUGGCUCUGGAUGAGGACGCCUUUAAUCAGCACAACGAGAACCGCGGCUCAGCACAGCCGCCCUUUGAAGAUGAGCGGCCGGAUCCCCCCAUGGAUAACGGUUGGGCCACGGCUCGGAGACAGCAGCCGCAGCAGCACCAACGCAAGCAAUGUGGGCAGCAGCAGGAGGACGAGGACCAGGUGGAGAGGGAGGACGAGGCAGGGCGACCGUUGUACCGGCGAUUUGAAGAGUCGACGGAGCCACUGAGUGACUUUUCUGACGACGGCGAUGAGAUGCAGGGCGAGCCCCGGCGGAGGAAUGACGGCGACAGGUGGAAGCCGGCCACGCAGGUGACGCCAGGGAAUAGCAGGGCGAGCCGGCAUGUGUGGCGCCAGAGGAACAGGGAGACGAGCAGCCCCUACAGCACGGACACCGACCUCUCCGAGCUCGAGAACCAAAUGGCCAGCACCAAGGCCCACCUGGAGGAUGCCGAGAGCCAGGUGUCCGACAUUGAGAAUCGGAUCGCUGCCCUGAACAUGCAGCCCAGGAGGAGUGGGACACAGUCGAUGUGAGGCCAAACACUGAAAAGAGACCGGCGGAGGAAGACAGCCGACACUAAGUAACUUGCACCUCCGUGUGGAUGCAAAACUUCGUGUGCUUGGCGUAGCAAAUGAAGAUGCCUCGAUGGGUGAUCCAGGAUUUUGAUCUCGAACCCCGGUCGUCGACUCCAGAGUGCGGAUCCUCACAAAGAUACCAAGGAUAUUUAUCAGCUUGCGGGAAGCUUAAGAAGGAAUGUGUUUUGAGUUUGUUGUACACCGUAUGAUAGCUACUUCGCAGCGAGUAAAAUUAAAAUGCGUUUUGUCCCGACAGUUGUUCUUCGUUGUACGAAUGUAUUUGUGCUAAUAUACUUCAAGACGAUUAUCAUGACUCUGUGUGUGUGUGUACACAUCUGUGUCCGUGUGUGUGUACAUGCAGUGUUUAUACACAAGUGGGGGGAGCGGUGGUGUAGCAGUUAGCGCACUGCGCUACGCACUCGACAAUCCGAGUUCGAUUAUUUUAACCGGUCCUGGGCCUCCCCUAGGUCGACUCAGCCUCAAAUGAGUACCCGGUGUGGUGUAUAAACAUCACCACUGGGGAGACAAAGGCGACCGGGUGUGGUGCUGGCCACCCACCCCCUCGUGUGACGUGCCGGCCUUCAGAGGUGCUCGCUAACUGCACUUGCCCCAACAGUCUGUUAAGGCUACGCGGAAGGGGUAUCUUGUCCUUAACUUUGCACAGGUCCGUGUGUUUAUUAAUCACGUGCCUUUGUGGGUGCACGUGUUGGUUUUUUUGCGAUUAUCUUUCUACUCGUGUGCUCGCCUUUGAUGUUGCAGGCGUCAGGGCUGCGUGUGCGAUGUGGCAAAUGCAGCCAGUGUCUGCUGCUGCCCUGUGACAGUCGCCCAUUCAAGUCGUUGCUGAUGGACAGUAUCCACUCAUCUUUCAAAUUACAUUUGCUGAGAGAGACAAAUAUAUGCAGGCACAGUCCAGCCAAACAUUUUUCGCGUGUGCAGCGGCCACGGCUGCGAGCUUCUUUGCCGUAAGUUGAUAAACAAUUGGAAUCGCAGGCGCCACCUUGUGUGUGUCCGGCUUUUGUACCGGACAACUUGGAAGCAGUGCCGGAUUAUCUUAGUAGAAAAAGUAGCUACAUAUGUAGCAAAAGUAGCUACAUAUGUAGCUACGGGCCCCGCACUUCCAAGGGACCCGCGCUAAACGCUUUCCAGCUAUCAAUUCGGGUUCAGUGAUUCUGCACUUGCUCUAUUACUGUAGUACUAUACCACCGUCAACUAUUAUGAACGACUGGCGUUUUAAGGUUGAGCGAUUUGUCGUAUUAUCUGGCUGUAUAGCAAAUGAAAAAAUACAAUUACUAUGCAAGUUAACGUGUAUGUGUUUUAAUAGUUAUGUUUUUAUUUAUUUAUGGCCCCUUUAUAAACAUAUGCUACAGGC